CAGCCCAGUACAGCUGUCCCUGUCCCAGUCCAUCCCAGCAGUGCUCUCCCAGUUCCUCCCUCUUUUGAGAGACCUCAGAAGCCAGAGCCACCUCAGCACAUUCCUGCUGUUCCAGGUGGCACAUGCCACAGGAUUUCCUGUGGAAUAAGUGCUGCCUUGCCUUAAAAAAAAAAACCCAAAACAGUACAGGAAAUAUGAAUAUGAAAAUGUCACAGUGAGAUUGACACUUUAGACUCUGAGGUCACAUCCAGGGUAGAAGGGUUGAGGUUGCAGGAGCCAUGGAGGAGCUGGAGGACAAUCCCAGCACGUGGGUGUAUCCCAGGAUUUUCUGUGCAGCCUCUGGUGAUUCCCUGCCUGCAGCACGCUCUGCCCAUGAAUUAUUCAGGUUUUUAUCAGAUGCAUCACCGUGCACGUCACACCCGCGUGCUGAAGCCAUGAAUUGCAGAAAAUUACCCUCAGAACCACGGAGAAUUUUCCCUGCUGCCAAAGCCCCCAGCCAGCAGCCAUCCCACAUCCUGGUGGUGGAUGUCACCUCCCCUUCCUGGGCCAACACUUGCUCCGUGCUCUCCGAGGCUCUGGAGAACGUCCUGUGCCUGGCGUGUGGCCUGGCAGGGCCCUGCAGGGUGCCCCUGCUCAGCCUCUACGUGGUGCAGCCCCAGCAGGAGUGUCUGCUGCCCUUCACGCAAGUGAGAGAAAACUUUGCCCGAAUUCAAGCCUGCAUUUCGGAGCUCCGCUCGCUCCCGGCUGAAGGCUGCUUCCCACAGGGGGGGAACGGAGUGCUGCAAGCUGUGCAGGAUGGAUUGCAGCAGUUCAAGCAGUACAGCAGGCACACAGCAGCAGGAGGCUCCACAAAUAAUUCUGUUGAGAUCACAAUUUUGACCAGCCAGCCCAGCAGAGACAUGGUGAAGCAGCUGGAAAAGAAAUUACAAGACGUAGAUCUGGUGAGCCUGCGAAGAAUACAGGUCAUUGAGGUUGUGAAGAGAGAUUUCCUGGAGCCUGAGGACGUGGAGCAGUGUGUGCCAGCAGAGGAGCCCAGCAGUGAUGUGGCAAUCCUGGGAAUGGACAUCGAGGUGCAAACUGUAGAGGACAAUGUCAUCAGCCUGGAGAUGCUGUUUAAAACGUGGCUCCAUGACCAUGGCACAGAGAGGGAACAGCUCCAUCUCCUCCUUCCCUCAGGAAGUUUUGGCCACGCUGCUGCACCCAAGAACACCAUAAUGUGCCUGAAGUGUGAUUUGCAGGAGAGGCUGCUGGACCCAGCCCUGCUUUUGGGGACAGCUGAUGGCACUGGGAGAGCAGCAGAUGCCAGUUCUCCCUGGCACAUGGCAGCCUGGCCAUCCACAGCUCUGCACAAACUCCGGGUGCUGAAGGCUCUGAAGUCUGAAGGGGUCUGUGAGUCUGUACUCUAUGGACCACCCUUCAUCAUCAAGCCCACAAGCUGCUGGCAGCUGGACUGGGAUGAACUGGAGACAAACCAGCACAGCUUCCAUGCUUUGUGUCACAGUCUCCUGAAAAGGAAGUGGAUGCUCUUGGCCAGGCACGAGCCCCAGAACAUUGGACCAAACUGGAACGUGGUGGUGUAUCCCUAUUAUGUCAUCGUCCCCUCUGACUCUGCCAGUCUCCUGGUGAAAGCAGUGGCCAUCAGAGAGCUCCUGCUGCCUUCAGCCUUCCCAGCCCUCUUGGCUGAGCACCCUGAGCGAGUCAGGGGCCCCAUCGAGAGCGCCCUGAACAACUUGGAAGUGGAAGUUGCUUACAACCCCUUGCACCUGAAGAGCAACCUCUACAAAUACCUGAAGAGUUCCUUGUACAAACCUCCACACCGGCAGCAGCCCCAGCCCCGGGAGCAGCGCCCGGAGCGGCACCAGCCCAGGCAGCCUCAGAGCAGAGCCAAAGCUGCAGUGGCUCCCCUGCUGAUGGCUCCCUCUCCCCUCCAAACCAGACCAGCAGCAGCAGCCAGGAGAGGCUCCUGUGAGGGCUCCCUGCUCCCCAAGGAGUACGAGGAGUUCUUGCAGUGAGCAGCAGGACCUGGCCCUGGGCAGCCACAGGUCCUGGCUCAGCAGCUGGCCGGACGUGGUCAGGCAAGACACUGAGCUUGGCCUUGGUGAGACAGGCACUUCCCAUCGUUUGUUCCUCCUGGUUGUUGUUUCACGGUUGUGUUCGUCACCGAGCCGGUUCUGCAGGAAGUUUGCUGCUCAGGGACCCUCUGUCCAGAGAUCCAGCAGUCCCCUGCAGCAGCAGCAGCACCACAUAUUUCCUGUUCUUGCCAGCACACGUCACCAGCCUGCCUCAAAUUUGGGUUUCUGAGACUGGGCUAGCACAGGCCACAAAUCACAGAUUGCUGCCAGUGGGAGCUGAAGAGCUGCAGGCAGAGCAGGGAGAAAAAUCAGACAAGGCAGGCAGUCGUGCUGAGCUGCCCUCAUCCCACAGCAGCAGGUUCAGUGGGGUGGCUGAGUAGGAAUGAAACAGGGCUCUUGGAUUUAAUCUUAAAGCCUGGAGUUCUGCUCUCCAGAUGAUUUGGUUGCUUCCAAGAUUGGCCCUGCUGUCCAACGCCCCAGCUCAUGAAGGGGGUUGUAGCAAAUGCCAAGCCAGAGCAAUUCCAGAGGAUUCCUGCCCAGAUGCCAGCCUGUUUUUCAGUGCAGGUGUAGGGUAGGUGUGAGCCAAGGGCAGCUUGACCAAGCCAAAGUGGGGUGGUGUCACUGAGCCCCUGAUGCCAAGCACCAGCAGAGUUUGUGUUCUACUUACGUGAUUCUAAAAAGCUGUUCCAAAAUAAAGUUAUCCUCCACGGA